AUGAAUCACCAAAACAACAGGAGUUACUAUUAAUUAAACACAACUAACAUGUUAUCUACAAAAAGAGUUCCAAGUCUGACACCUCCUAAAAAUUAUCAUAAUAGUAACUCUAGAGAUAGAAUGUAUUAAAUAAAUGUUGAAUUAGAACUAAAUAAAUAAAAGAUAAAGCCGCAAAUAAUAUACUAAAAGCAGAAGGAUUAAAUUUCCCAAUUCAGAAUGCUUUGUUUUUAUAGCAAUAAAAUACCAUUUUAUCAGCUCGAAAGGCUACAAUAAAUUUGAGUGAGAGUUCGGAUAAACUUAGAAAAACAUCUCCUAAUUAAAAGUAUAGUGCCAAACUAUUGUAGAUCUCCAAACAACCCUAGAUUGUCCACUAUGUAGAAGAACAAAUCAAUCAGCAUCUCGUAAUCAUAAUAAGCAAUUGCUUAGGUAUUAGCAAAAAUGUAAGAAAAUGAUAAUAUAUCUUACAUCAACAAAUAAUGUAUUAUAAAUAGAUUAGAAUUAGUAUAUCGUAUUCCAGAAAUUGAAUCCACUUAGAAGAGUACUAUCAAUAGCAGAGAAUACACGAACUCUUCUAAACAUAAAACUGAGGAUUAUUAAAAAUUAUUGAAGGAGAAUUUGAUACUUUAAAAGAAAGUGUGCAAGUUGGAAUAAAAGGUAUAUUUUUUAGAUGCAUUAGAUUUUGGAACUAGAAUUACUAAAUUAAUAAUUACUAAGCUUAUCUAAGCCAUGUGAAUGUCACUUGUCUCAAUUAAAGGAAUUAGAAUAAGGCAUCGGUAAUAAGAAUUAGAUUCAGGAUAUUGUGAACCCUUUAUAAUUGUAAAAUGUAGAUCAUUUAAAUAUAUAAUCAAGAGAAGAUCAGUAGAAAAAGAGAUCAUCUAAUUGUUAAGAAUAUUCAGAUGUAAAACCCUAAAAUUUGUUUGAUUAUCAAAAUUCGAAUCAAAUAAUUGAUCAACUAAUUGAGCAAUAUAAAAUAAAUACCUAGGAACUGGCAGUUUUCAAGGGCUUAACAAAGGUCAUGGAUCAAAAUAGUUUGCCUAUUCCUUCAGUACUAAAAACAUUAUCUUUAGUUAUUAAAAUAUGA